GGCGCACGCAGUCACCCGCCGUUUCUCUUUGGUUGCACUUCUCCGGCGGAACAAUAGACAUUCACGAGUUUACUUGAAAGAAGCUUCCUUUCUGCAGCUACGUCUUCAUUUGCUUCUACAUAAGCUAACCACAACAUGUUUUGAUCGCUGUUAAUGUUUUUUGUUUGAGAAAUUUCUUUCCAUGUGGAAUUUGAGGCGUCAAGUAUCAGUUUCCCCUUCUUUCAUACAUUCCUUACUGAAUGAUAGUUAUUACAAGAUAGCUGGGGUCUCUAGACAUCAGUUUUCAGCUUAUUGGAGUAACAAACCAGUGUCUGUGGUAGUUGAUUCCCCCUUGAACAGCUUAGGGAAGCUAACGUUAUUCUUUGGUCAACAGAGUGGGUUUCCCCCUUCUUCACGGUCUUUCUCAACCACUACUGGAACCAUAUUAGUCCAGGCCCGAGACUCGGCUAAACUGAAUUUGGAAAUACAGAAUGCUAUUGAUGAGCAUCGAUAUGUUGAUGCCUGGAAGUUAUUUGAUCAGCACAUGCAGAUGGAAGGGUUUCCUAGAAAAUCUGUUGUGAACAGCCUUCUGACAGGCUUUGCAGAAAGUCUUGAUGUACAGUGGCUUGAGAAGGCUUUUGGAAUGGUGGAACAAGCUUUUGAGGAAAGUAAACAGAACUUGUUGGAAAAAGAGCCUCUGAUUUAUCUUUCUCUCAGUCUUGCCAAAUGUGGUUUGCCAGUUCCUGCAUCAACCAUUCUGAGAAAAUUGAUAGAAAUGGAGCAAUUUCCUCCUGUUACUGCCUGGUCCGCCAUCUUAGCCCACAUGUCACUAACAGCUCCUGGAGCUUACCUUGCUGCUGAGCUAAUUCUUGAGAUAGGUUACUUAUUCCAAGAUGGAAGGGUGGAUCCCCGAAAGAAGAGUAAUGCACCUUUGAUUGCUAUGAAGCCUAACAACACUGCUUUCAGCAUUGCUCUGGUUGGGUGUCUGUUGUUUGGGACAACAAGGAAAGCGGAGCAGCUUCUUGACAUGAUGCCUCGAAUCACUAUUAAAGCUGAUGCAAACUUACUAAUAGUAAUGGCACACAUUUAUGAGAGAAAUGGACGAAGAGAAGAAUUGAGAAAGCUUCAGAGGCACAUAGAUGAAGCUUAUAACUUGACUGAUAUUCAGUUCAGGCAGUUCUACAAUUGUUUGCUUACAUGCCAUUUAAAAUUUGGAGAUCUCAUUUCUGCCUCCAAUAUGGUUCUAGAAAUGCUUAGGAAAGCAAAGGAGGCACGAAACUCUCUUGCUGCUGCUACACUUGUGCUUGAUGCUGGUGGAAAUGAUAAUAGAUUCCCAAAUGUAUGGACUUCUGGGCAAAAGUAUGGACAAGAAUCAGGUGGAUUAGGUAACCACGAUAGUUUGAUUAAGAGCCAGAUUAUAUCUUAUGAAGAGUUAUCCAGAGACAGACAUUUUUUAAAACUUGGGAAUGAGGCAAGCAAUUUACUUGACAUUCUGUUGGCUAAGCUGUUGAUGCAAGUUGAAUUAAUUACUACUAAACGUGGUAUUCUCCAGCCAACGGAAACAAUUUUUGUGAGAUUGGUUAAGGCUUUUCUGGAAGCUGGGAAGACCAAGGAUUUGGCUGAGUUUCUUAUCAAGGCAGAGAAAGAAGACUCUCCAGUUUCAAAUGAUGAUUCAGCCUUGGUUCAUGUGAUCAACUCAUGCAUUUCACUAGGUUGGUUAGAUCAGGCACAUGACCUUCUUGAUGAGAUGCGUUUUGCUGGGGUUAGAACUGGUUCUUCUGUAUAUUCAUCCCUCUUAAAAGCAUACUGUAAAGCAAAUCGAACAGGGGAAGUGACAUCACUUCUACAAGAUGCUCAGAAGGCUGGAAUCCAGCUUGAUACGAGCUGUUAUGAAACAAUGAUUGGAUCGCGAGUGCUACAGAAAGAUACUCCUGGAGCUCUCAGUCUAUUCAAAGAAAUGAAGGAAGCUAAGAUACCAAGAGGUGGUAAUCAAGAAUUUGAGAAGUUGGUUAAGGGGUGUGCUGAGAAUGGUGAGGGAGGAUUGAUGGCAAAGCUCUUGCGGGAAAUCAAGGAAGGGCAGAAACUGGACAGUGGGGUGCAUGAUUGGAACAAUGUAAUCUAUUUUUUCUGCAAGAAAAGGUUAAUGCAAGACGCUGAGAAAGCUCUGAAGAAGAUGAGAAGUCUAGGACAUGCCCCAAAUGCUCAAACUUUCCAUUCUAUGGUCACUGGGUAUGCUGCUAUUGGAGGGAACUAUACAGAGGUAACAGAGCUAUGGGGAGAAAUGAAAGCUCUUGCUUCUUCUACCCCAAUGAAGUUUGAUCAAGAACUCCUGGAUUCUGUGCUUUACACAUUUGUCAGGGGCGGAUUUUUCGUUCGAGCAAAUGAAGUAGUGGAUAUGAUGGAGAAAGGCAACAUGUUUGUCGACAAGUACAAAUAUCGGACCCUUUUCUUAAAGUACCAUAAAACACUCUACAAAGGGAAGGCUCCCAAAUUUCAGACUGAAGCACAACUAAAGAAGAGAGAAGCAGCAUUGAACUUCAAGAAAUGGGUCGGAUUAAACUGAGAUUAUUUUCAUUGUGUUCCUUGCAUACUUGUAUAAAAUUCAUCAUCAAUGCUAAUUAGCAUAAGAUGCAUUCUUUGAAUGUUAUAUUUCAUGCAUGUUAAUUUUUAUAAAAACAAUAGCUCUUG